UUCACAAAACAAUGUUAAAAGAAAAGACAAUAAUACAGAUUUUUGUAGAAAUACAGUGCAGUAAAUAAUUCAAACAUUGAAUUAUGUUGGUUGGUAUGCAAGACCAUUGAGACAAAAAACGAUUUCGACACUUUACAAUCUUUAUUGUCGAGUUCAGGGGGCAUGUGUAAAAUCAAUCCUUUCAAAUGAUAGUACUCCACUGUGAUAUAGAUAGUACCGUACAGUACCGGUAUUGAUCACUUCUACGGAAGAAAGCAGCAGAAUGACGUUGGCUACUCGCAAAAAAGUAUAAGCUUACUUCAACUUGCCUCACACUGAUGCCAUCGCGAAUUAAAUUUCGGUUCCACUUGUUAGGAGCAUGAUUCUCCGGAGCCCAGUUUCAGACACUAAAUUCGGGGAUUCCCCUAAGUGCUCGACUCUCUGGCAGCUUUAUAAACGGGGAUGUGUCUUAGUUUGGCCAAAUGUGACUAACAUUUUUAAUUAACAAGUUUUCUUUUAAAUCAUUUCCGAGUUUGAUGCCAGCUUUGUUGAUACACUUAGUUAAUAUGUCAUGCCCUUCAGUAGACUUGAACACUGGACAACAAAUGCCAAUUGUUGGUUUAGGCACAUCAAAAAGUCCUGGUGCAACAAUUAGAAAUGUUGUGAAAGAUGCUUUAAAUGCUGGUUACAGACAUUUUGACUGUGCAUAUGUCUAUCAAAAUGAGAUGGAUAUAGGAGAUGUAAUCCAGAAUUAUAUUCUGAAAGGCAAACUUGGAAGGGAAAAUUUGUUUAUUUCCAGCAAAUUAGGAUGCAGCUUUGGACACCCGAGUCAUAUCCAUGAUGCUUAUCAAAAGACAUUGAAAAAUCUUCGCCUUGAAUAUCUGGAUUUGUUUUAUAUACAUUGGCCAUUUGCAUUAAAGUAUACUGGUCCUGAUAAUUUAUUCCCUUCUGAUGAACACGGAAACUUACUGUUUGAUGAAAAAACUGAUUUUAUCGAUACCUGGCGUGAGUUGGAAAAACUCUACACGAGUGAGAAAGUGAAAGCGAUUGGAUUAUGUAAUUUCAAUAUUUCCCAGAUUCAAAGGAUAUUGGAUGAGUGUAAUAUUACACCAGCAGUACAUCAGUUUGAAUGUCAUCCUUAUUUGGGACAGCAAGCACUUGUUGAUUUUUGUCAUUCUAAAAAUAUAUCUGUGGUAGGAUACAGCCCAUUAUGUUCUUCAGAUAGGCCAAACCUGCCUGCAAAUGUAUCUAUAUUUAAUGAAGGUAUUCUAAAAACUUUGGCUGCUAAAUAUAAAAAAUCAGUUGGACAAAUUAUUCUGAGAUAUCAGAUCCAAAGAGGCAUAACAGUGAUACCAAGGAGUACUAAUGCAACUAGAAUUGCUGACAAUAUAAACAUAUUUGACUUUGAACUUAGUGAUGAAGAUAUUUCUUCUAUAAAUGAAUUAGACAGAGGUAUUAGAAUAAUGUACCCAGACAAAUUUUCAACCCAUAAACAUUUUCCAUUCUGACAGUGAAAUCUCCCAAAUACUCUUACAUGAUACA